AUGAAAGUUCGUAUCUUGACUGAGAGAGAGCGCAUUUUAAAAAAAAUAUCACUUACUACUACUACUACUACUAAUAAUACUCUCCCCCCUGUCUCUCUCCCUCUCUCUCUCACUCUAUCUAUCUAUCUAUCUAUCUAUCUAUCUAUCUAUCUAUAUAUUGGUUCACGUGAAAAUUUUACGACUUUCCUGUAUCUUUUUCUUUCUCUUUGUUUCCCUUUCUUUCUUUCUUUCUUUCUUUCUUUCUUUCUUUCUUCCUUCCUUUCUUUCUUUCUUUCUUUCUUUCUUUCUUUUCGCUCUUUUCUUCCAUUACCCAUUUCAUUGACUUUCUCAUAUUCUUUUUUUACAGAUCAUAUUUCCUUAUUACCAUCUUUAUUCUUUUUCUUAUAUAUCAUAUUUUCUUUCUUUCUUUCUUUCUUUCUUUCUUUCUUUCUUGUCCUUUUCGGUUUUCCUUUCAUUGCCUUCCUCAUAUUCUUUCUUUAUUUUCCGUUCACAUUUUUAUAUCAGCAUAUUUUUUAUUUUUUCUUAUGA